UGCUGCUAACGUUUCAGUUACUUAAAGCCUACUAUUUGUGGAUGGAUUUGUUUGUGAAGUAAAAAAAUAAAAUUAGGUUACCACAAUUAACAUAUUAAAAGGAUAAUCUAAUCGGUAUGGGUAACAACGAGUCAACAAGUAAAAGAGUAAUGGAUCUCGUAAUAGACGGUGACGUCAUCAACGCAAUGUGCAGCAAUAAUCCGGACGUGAAAUGCAUUUUGAUUAAACCAAGAGACGUCACAGAAAUUCAUAUCAAGACCACAGUGAAGGGAGAUGAUCUAAGUAACGUCUGUAAAAUAAUCCGCACAACUGGAAACUUGCAGAAGCUCAUCAUGCCUAAAAUUCUACAAAUUGAUCGAUUGCUCAACAACGUACUGGAUGCUAUUCUCGAACGGCCCGAAUCCCCGAUUUGUUACAUCGAUUUAAGCGGGAGUACCGACAUUGAUGCCGGCGCCGCCCAGAAAUUGCGUCGUAUUUUGAAAAAUCCUGGCGUCAAACAUCUCGAUCUGAAAGACUGCAAUAUGGAUGCUGAAGUUUUAUCAGAAUUAUUUGAAGGAUACCGUGAAGGCGGUAUCGGACGGGAAUUGGACGUAAAAGGCAGUAAGAUAUCAGAAAAAAUGGUUUUAUACAAUCAGGAUGUUCUCUUCUGCGAAAAUGUUAAAUGGACGCGAUGGAUGGGGAAGGGAACCGCAAGCAGCGAUAUGAUGCAACUCAACAAUGUUCCUCCAGCUUACGAAAACUAAGACAACAACUUUUUGUGAAGCGAGAAAAGUGUAUAUAUAUAUUAAAGGGGCUAAAAUGGAACCCCGCACAAAGUUUUCAUUAUACCCAAAGUUGACGCUAACCAAUUUUAUUUUUAUUUUAAACAUUCAAGAAGUCCUGAAUGAAAAACCUGCUAUCCGAUUAAAAAUCGAGCCGAACAUUUUACCCUCGAAAUUCGGAAACAUUUUUUACAGUAUUGAUUUGUUAAAAAUUAUGCAAAUAUUUCAUACUAUAAUUCCUCUAUA